GGCCAGGUCAUUGAAAUGUGAAACAAGAAAUAAAUUGAGAGGUCAAAGAUAUAGUCGACGUUACAACUCUAAAGUCGACACAAUAGACGUUUUCAGUAACACCAAGGCACAGGCACGCCACCAUAAAGGGUCGUUACGGAAAACGCACACUCUUCGUUUACCUUGCAGUCCAUUUCGGAGUUCAGCUCACUGAACCAAAAAGAUUGCUUUUUGGACUCACUGAUUCAUUUCACAAUGGCUUUUCUAUUCAACAAAUUCCAAGAGGCUGUGAAAACUCUUGCAAAAAGUCCCACUUUUGCAAGGGAUCCAAGACAGUUACAAUUUGAAGCAGACAUAAAUAGAUUGUUUCUAUAUACCAGCUACAACCGUUUGGGAAGGGAUGCUGAGGAGGCAGAUGCAGAGGAGAUCAUUGAAAUGGCUAGUAAAGCCUCUCUUGCUGAUCAACAGAAGCUAGUCCAAGAAAACAUCCAUGCUCAGAUUAAAAGUUUCUCCAUGUCUAUGGAUGAAAUUCUUCUUCCUGAUUCUAAAAGGAUAGGUGAGGCACACGAAUUGCCUCCACAACCAACAGCUGCUCCUCGUCGGAGUGGCCUUGGUUUUGCUGUUGGCAGGCAUGACCAACCUACUGACUGUCCUGUUGUACCUGAAACAAGGCCAUUAAAACGUACUGAACUCUCUGAAAGACUAAAGGACCUCAUUGGUUACAAGCUCGAUAUCAAACCAUCUCAAAUACCCCAUAAGGAAGCUGGCCAAGGUUUAUAUUUAGAUGGUGAAGCUGAUGUUGGUACUGCGAUAGCCUUCUACCCUGGGGUAAUAUACUCUCCAGCUUACUAUCGUUACAUUCCUGGAUACCCAAGAGUCGAUGCACAUAACACAUAUCUGAUCACAAGGUAUGAUGGAACUGUCAUCAAUGCCCAACCAUGGGGUUUAGGGGGUGAAACCCGGGAAGUUUGGAAUGGCCUCAGCUUGGCGGAAUUUAAGCCUGAUAUGCAGGCUGUUGAUAAAGGUUCAGACCGAUUCUGGAAGAUGCUCAAUACUCCUUUAGUAGGUACACAAGCGGGAUUGAGUUCAGAUGUAUUGGAGCGGAGAAACCCAUUAGCUUUUGCUCAUUUUGCUAACCACCCAGCAAAGGGUAUGGUUCCAAACGUCAUGAUUUGCCCUUAUGAUUUCCCAUUGACUGAGAAGGAUAUGAGAGCCUAUAUUCCCAAUGUGUUGUUUGGAAAAGCUGAAGAAGUGAAGAUGAAAAGACUUGGCAGCUUUUGGUUCAAAUUUGGGGGUUCAGGAAAUGGUGGGCCCGAUGUUCCUGUUCUGAAGACUCUUGUUCUGGUGGCUACUAGGGCACUUCAUGAUGAAGAAAUUCUGUUAAACUACAGGCUGAGCAACUCAAAGCGACGGCCAGCAUGGUAUACUCCAGUUGAUGAAGAGGAGGACCGAAGGAGAUGGAGCUAAGUGAAGGUUAGCUAGCCAUAAUUGCAUAACGUACCUUCUUACCCUGUUGUAGUUUUUCCUUGUUUCUUAGCUAGCAAUCAUAUUUUUCAUUCAACUGUUUUGAAGCUGCAAUUACCAACCUUGGUAAAUUUCAGAGUUAAUAGCAUCUAUACGAAGAUCAUGCUAUUCUGUGCUCAAGUUUUCUUUACAUUCAUAGUGUACGGGAUAGCAUACUAUAUGCUUGAGUUCUCUUCAUAUACAGAGUUUGGAGUAGCAACUGUUCCAAGGGAUUGGCUGUUGUUACUUUCCUUUUGCAAUUAUUUGUCUUAAGAAAUAAUAAAAUGGAAGGUAUCACUAAACAAAUGAGGUAUUCAGACAUUUGCUAUGAUUUUGUUUCA